AAUAGGCGAGAGCGACAAAUCAUAAUCAAGUUGUACUCAAUUGUACCGCAUACCAGGUCUUCGAUAAUUUGACAAUUGGCAAAUUGGCAAUCCCGACAAUUCUUCCUUUGAAACGAGUCGCACCUUCUUUUACACCGACGAAAGGCAACCCUCGAAUGCUGCUAAGGUCCAUCCUUUUCCCGGUUGUUUCAACUCCCUAAUUGCGCGCAGCCGCCAGCAUCUGCACGACAACAUUUCAUCCUCCGGCUCUUAAUCACACUCUAUUCGCUGGCAAUUAAAUCAUGGCGGAUGCAACGACGCCUUCUGCUAGUGGAGACCAAGGACUUAGGGAAGAGAGGUUGGCGAUUAAUCUACCCGUGGGCGACGUCGAGAUGGAAGAUUUAUCUCAAACUCAACCCAAACCAGCGAACCCAGAUGCCGAUGUAAAUGUUUCAGAGUCUCGAAAACACGAGUCUGGGUCUGUUCCGGCCCCGAUACCCGUACCGGAUAAGGAUCCUCCGAACGACGAGUCGGCAUCAUUGAAAGCUAGCGGCAAUACUCCGACCAGUAGCGAUGAUCAUGAUCACGACCACGAUCACGAUCUGACGAUAGAUCCCGUGGAACCCGGUGCAGAAUCUCUAAGUAGUGAUUUGGUGGUCGAUAUAAUGCUACUUUUAACAUCUGGCGCUCGACAUCCUUUUCGCAUCGACGAGAAGUAUUUGGCUAAGCGGAAUGUCACAGUGACGGGCAAGACAGAGGAUGGGAAGAUGGAUCCGUUCAGCAUCACAGUUUAUACUCUUAAAGAGCUUAUACUGAGAGACUGGAGAAAAGAAUGGGAUCAACCGCCUAGAGAGCCUAGCGCUAUAAGACUUAUUCACUUCGGCAAAUUGCUCGAGGAUAGAAAUCAACUUAGCCAUUACCACUUCAGGACUUCUAGGAACGUUAUUCACAUGACUAUCAAGCCGCAAGACCUGAUAGACGAAGAGGAGGCUGCUAAAAAGGUCAAAGACUCCGGGAGUCACAGCGGCCGGAGCGGAUGCUGUGUCAUCUUAUGAUAUAAGCCUUUUCCAAGU